CCCUUUUUACGAUUCUUCGUUCAUAGUUUCUGAGUCUUCAGGUAUGCGUUGAGAAUUAGGGUCUCAAUUCAACGAUGGGAACCAAUCAAGCCUCUUCCCGAUUCGAUACAUUAGAGAUCAAAUCCCUAAUGUACCGCCAAAUAGGUACUCAAAGAGCCGACACUUACUUCCACAACCUCACAAGAUUCCUCACCUCAAAGAUCACAAAGUCAGAGCUCGACAAACUCUGUCUCAAAACCAUCGGUAAGCAAAACAUCCCACUUCACAACCGUCUCAUACGUUCCAUAAUCAAGAACGCAACUCUCUCCAAGUCUCCUCCUUUAAAAUAUCCCAAGAAAAAAGGUGGAAACUUUGUUAGAUUGAGUAAUGGGAAUCAGAGGAAGUUCAGAGAUAGGGCAAGCCCACUUGGGAAACAGACUCAGAGUGUUGUCACUACUACCACAAGUGGUGCUACUGAGUUGUUGGUUUCUUUAGGGAGUAGACCUCCUUUGGAUGUUGAGGAAGGUGAAGAGGUUGAGCAAGUAGCUGCUGUUACUGCUCCUUUUGGUGUUGAUGUGAAUCUUAGAAAGUCUGUGUCUUGUACUAGUUUCAGUUUCAACAGUGAGAGUUGUCUGAGGAGUGGUGAGUUGCCUGAUACGAGGACGUUGAGGAGGAGAUUGGAGAUGAGGUUGGAGAGGGAAGGGGUUAAGGUGUCUAUGGACUCUGUUAGUGUUUUGAAUUGUGGUUUGGAUGUGUUUAUGAGGAGGUUGAUUGAGCCUUGUUUGAGUUUGGCUAAUGCUAGAUGUGGUGGGAAUGGAUUAGUGGGAGAGAUGAGUUUACAGAAGGCAGAGCAAAGGAGAAGGGUUUCUUCGUGUGUGUCUAUGUAUGAUUUUCGUGUUGGUAUGGAGCUGAAUCCGGAGGUUCUUGGUGGAGAAUGGCCUUUACUUUUGGAGAAGAUAUGUUCUCAUGGUUUAGAUGAGUAAAAGUUUAGCAGAAGGGACAUAGUUUAGGUUACUCUAUACAUGAUUCUUUCCUGGGAUUGGUUUUGUUCUUUUGGUUUGGUCUGAGCCAUUAGAAAGUAAAAAGUUUUUUAGAUGGUUCAAGUUUUCAAGAGAAGAAGUUGGGUCUUUGGUGUUGUACAAGUUCUUAUAGUAGAGUGAGAUUUUAAGUAGAGGCCUCCAUUGGCUAUACCUGAACCUAUAGAUUCUUUGAUGGAAUUUUUGUGUGUUUGGUUUGGUCUUGAGCCAUUGGGAAGUAAAAAGUUGUUGAGAUGUUUCAGUUUUUAAGCUUUGAGAAGAAGAAGAAGUUGGGUCGUUGGUGUUGUACAAGUUCUUAUAGUAGAGUGAGAUUUUAAGUAGAGGCUAUGUUGUUUCACUCUCCUUGCCAAUUUUUUCCUUUGUUUGCUCUCUGAUGUAAGAAAAUUAAUAAUGAAAGCAAAAAG